GCACCAUUUAAGGUGGAACGGGACAUUUGAACAAGAAGCUGACGAAUACGAACUCCAGCCUCGUCCUGAAAAGUUAGGUUACAACAUCUGUCUAAGGUUUUAAGUGUUUAUUUAUUAUUAUUAUUGGUUAAUUUUUAUGGAUCAUUUACUAAGGUUUUGCCGUUUUGUCUGUAGGGCCUAAUAGCUCUCAGUGUUAAAAAUGGAAAUACAGUCACUGGCUUUAUUAAUUUUAUUACUGUACAAUCUUUGUUUAGUUUAUCAGCUCCACUGACCAUAUAGGAGCACUUUGUAGUUCUACAGUUACAGACUGUAGUCCAUCUGUUUCUCUGCAUACUUUGUUAGCUGCCCUUUACUUUGUUCAUCAGAGGUCAGUGCUCCCACAUUUGGGUUUGGGUGGCAGAUCAUUCUCAGCACUGCAGUGACUGACAUGGUCCAAACUGCACAAUGUCAGCUGUUAAAGGGGAAUCUUCAGCCACAUCACCGGUCCUGUUCCUAAACACAAAAGGUGAACCGAUGCGCUUCUUUAUAAGGCCUGGUCCCACCAAACUGCAGCUCCAGCCUUUAAUAGCAAACGGUGGAGGCAUCCUGUGCCGGACUCAGGAGCCCAGUGCCAUUCUGUUGGCGGAUCCCGGAGAGAUCCAUGCUGUUGUGGACGGCGCUGGGCAGUUCUACAUUUCCACUCAGUACAUCCGCGACUGUGUUCUACAGAACCAGCAGUUGGAUAUAGAACAGUACAGGUUCAGCAAUUUGCAGCCUGUUCAAACGAGGGCAGCUUCACGGAAACAGCGAGGCAGCGGGCGCAUGGGUUACUCGUUGGAAGACGACGCCGCCAUUUUGGAUUUCAUUGCCAAGCGACGUCAUGAAGCCAAAGGCAACCGCGUGUGGCAGCAAAUGGAGCGAGAAGGUGUCACCGCACACACCUGGCAGUCCAUGAGGGAUAGGUUUCUGAAACACUUACAGUAUAAGCUGACAGACAAAAGCCCUGGGAAAAAGAGGAAAGUUCUGCCCUUGAAGGAAAGUUCUUCAUCUGAGGAUAAUGUCUCUCAGACGUCACCUCAAAAGAAGGACGCCAAGAAAGCCCCAGUGACUUCGUCCUCUGAUUCAGAUCCCACACAUAUUAGCCCUGAUGUUCAGCGCGUGACGGCAGACACACCAACACACCAAUCAGAUCCACAAUCUUCACCUGAAAAAAGCAGCUCCCCUCAGCGUCCCAGUUCAGAGAAGAACCAGACUCCUGCCCCAAGUGAUGAAGCUGAGAAAGAAGCUAGCGGUGAUAAGCCAGACCAGGAAUCAUCGCCUGAGCAGCAGCAGUGCCAAGAAGACAGCGAGCAGCCUGAAGUUUCACCUAAAAGAGCUAGAAUGGACCAGGAUGUGACUGAGAAGGAGACAACAGAUGGACCAAAAGAUCAGCUGACUACUCCCACUGAGAUCAGACAAAAGACAUCCAGACCUCAUGGAAGGAAGCUUGGCAUACUCGAGAGAGCUGCCAGAGAAUUUGAGGACUCUCAGAUGGUUGAUGGUGACUGUCAAGACGAUCGGCCUCUGAGCAGGACGUCAUCUGUUAACUCAGAAACAGAUGAGUGUCAGAUUAUGGCGGCACGUGAAAAGGCUGUAAGGGAACAGAACGCUGAAAAUUGUAAUGCAAAACAGCAGGCAGCACAAGCCCAAAGCACCUCGGGGCCUGAGGAUGAUGGUCCAGGUCCGAGUAAUGCUGCAAUACCUGCGACCUCCAGUGCCCACAUGUUUAUAUUUGACCAGGAAUCCCAAGAGGACCUCACCCACUCCUCUCAGAGCGAACCUCUCUCUCAGGACUUGUUGGAGACGAAGCAACACGUAGUUAACCUGAUGCAGGAAUCUAAGAAAGACUUGGUUGAGGUAAUGAAGGCACUUCUAAAAGCCAGUGGCGAUGUGGCUACGGCACGAUUAUAUUUGCUUGAAGGCUAUGAUCCUAAAGUACACGGGCCCAUCUGGACUAAGCAUGAUGAUGAAAUCCUCCUUUCAGCUGACUCCUCUAAGCUUGAGCGGCUUAAUGAGAAGUAUGGAGAAGAUUGUGUCUUGAGGAGAGAAGCUUUUCUGAAGGCACAGUAAAAUGGACAUUAGCAAAUACUCCAGCCUCGAGAGAAAAUGACUGUAGAGAAAUUGAAAUAUUAUAUUUUAUAUCAUUGUAUCAUUUUAGAUCUGCUCUGUUUUUCUUUUAUUAUCUGUAAUGUUGAAUGUAAUACGUCAUUUCAUCUAAAUCUGUUUGUAAACAGUGUAAACUUUUAAUAAUUUUUAAUGAAACAAGCAAAAUAAAUCGUAUGUCACUGUUUUAUGUGAUUGUGGCUGCACUACAUAUGAUCUAAGCUCAGUCAUGGAGAUGAUAACACCAUGUUUGGUUCAGAUUCUGGAUAUUGUUGCUGUUGCUCACAUCACUUUAGCAUUUUAUUUUAGAUGAAGAGGACCCCAAGAGGAGAAGAAUUGCAUGUAGACUCUUAUGCUGAUAGAUGCUGGAUGUGCUAAUAAGUUCCACUGUCCAUUUUACGCUGUACUGGACAGUAGAUCUCGUGUUUAAGAGUUUUUGUUUCAUUAUCGUGUCCCCCUGCCAGAAAGUCUACUUUUUUAAUGGUCAUUCCAUGAGAUUGGUGCCAAAUGGACAUGAUGUUUUUACAUUUUUUCAUGCAAUCACAGUUUUUGGACCCCAUAGUUUCGAUUACAUAUUGCUCUUACCAAAAAAUAAUGAUAAUAAAAAAUAUUUUGACUUUGA